GAAAUGCAAAUAAAUAUUGGAUGUUGUAUAAUUGUCCUCUGUUUAGCGCGCCGUGGGCGCGAGAGCUUCAGUUUGAAUUUAUUCAGGGAAAUGGGUUGCCGUAACGAAUUCAAUUUCUUUUAAAUAGUGUUAUCGGGAAUUAUUAAAAAGGAAAUUUUUAACAAAUGAAGGGCAGUCCGUUUUUUGUUUUGGAAGUUCUUUCACGCACUCAAAUGGCACUAUCGUAUCAUUACAGUCUUAUUAUGCAGCAUUUUUCUUUGUUCUGCUCGUUUAAAAUUUCGCUCUUCUUUUCUGUUUACACGGGAAAAAAAACAAAGGGAGGACAUAAUGCCAUUGAAGGGGGCGUUAAAUUAGAAUGCCUUUGGAACGGCAUGAAAAUGGCCAAAGGCAUUAAUUUAACACUUUUCGCUAAGUUUUAAUGCCUUUCAAUAAUGCGGCUAAUUUUUAAUGCGUUUGUAAAGGCAUUCAACCCCAAUGUCCUGGCUUUGUUUUUUCUGUGCAGUCAUGUUUUCUCACAACGCACUGGCCUAUCCGUAUAGGCUGAUGUGUUUGUAAGAGUCAUGUGUGAAACAAGCUCAGAGAAAUAAAGGUAAGUACUGCAAAGAGAGCGAAACGAAGACGUUGUUUAAAAAAAGAAAAUUGUUGCUGUGUUUAAGUAUUUUGUGCUCUGUUAGUAUAAGCUAUUACGUACUGUCAUUUUCUGUAUAUGAGCCCUAGGAAAUGGUUAAUGUGAUGAAUUUUCGGAGCCUCGUGAUCGCUUCUGUCUGUGCUGUUCUGACUGUUCUGCAAAGCAUAUGGAGAUGUAUUCGUUUCUUGCAAGGGGAGCCAAGUGAUCGCCAUUGCACACUCUCACUCUCAGUCAGCUCGACAUGUCAUGGCUUCCGACUUGCUGCUCCCCUUGUUGCAACAUUGCUUUCUCUUUAAGCCUAUGCACUUUCUCCUCAGGGUCACCAUCUUGAGAAAACAAAAACUGUCUUUGAAUAAUUCGUUAAUGAGAAAAGUGCGCAGUAGAAAAAAAGUGUGAAGACAGGAAGCAAGCAAGAUCAGGAAGCAGUGCAGUGCAGUGAAUGUCCGUAAAGAACUGAUGUUAGUGACCCCAUGGACUAGAGUCAUUGAGCCAUGAGGCACACGGACAGGACUUUGUUGGUGGUGGUGGAAGGCAGCUGGGACACAUACAAUGGACAACACCGACUGGCAGCGGGACUCACAACGCCCACUACGGUAUGGUAACUGUAGUUGUACCACGCGCGCACACAUGCCACUUACACAACACACACAACACUGGGAAACACACACGCACACAGAGACUCUAUACACGCACGCUGUAAACCCUCAUAGUUGUUGGGCCGUUUCUAGCCGUUUCGGGAGAGGGUGAACCAACAUAACGUUAAGGUCAGCGGGGUAAAAAGUUAUUCUUUUCAACGCAUUGUUUUCCUUUUGCAUUGGGCGUUUAGGCGCGUAAAAAGCUACACUGGGUGUUCUUUUUCUUUCGUUUCAUUAUGUAUGUGGGAAGGUCUGGGGUCCACACACGGCAAAACACACGCACUCCGGCUGUUGAGGGCUUAAGUCCAAGUUCACCCUCCCUUUCUCCAUCGGGGUGACGAAAUUCGCCGCAUGUACUGAGGCUGCGCGCGCCGCGCCCGCGCUGCGCGCAUGGCUGUGUACCUGCAGUCGGAGUCGGAGCUGGCGAGGCCGCUGCCGGGCGGCCUGGUCCCGGGGCCGGGCCCCCCUCCAUAGCGUGCCGCCCCUCCCGGGCCUGCCCGGCACACCAAUCACAGCGGCGCUCUGGCCCGGGCCGCGCCUGGCCCCGCCCACCAGAGCCGAGAGGACGGAGGCGGGGCGGCCGGGCGGGCGGGGAGAGCGCGCGGAGCGGAGCGGGCAGCAUCAGUCAGUCCCAGCCCGGACGCAGACCGACGCGGACGGCCCCGGACGGUCUCCCCAACCACCCGCCCUCCGACAGGGCCUCAGUGUCUGCGUGUGUGACUGGACUGUAGUGUCAGUGAGUGUUGUGUGUUAGCCCGAUGUGUCUAGCUAUGGACGAGGGCGGACGCGUGCUGUUGGGGUACCGCAUUGGCACCACGGACGGCCACAGCCCCUACCACCUCCACCACCACCACCAUCACCAGCCGCUGGACCUGCGCGGACCCGCCGCCAUGAGCCCCAUCAUCGGCGACCACCUGGGCGACCACCUGGCCGAUCACCUGGGUGACCACAUGGCCGACCACCUGGGUGACCACCUGGGUGACCACCUGGGCUCGGGCGACUCGGCCGGCGAAGAGGAUUCGGACAUCAACGUGGACUCGGACGACGGCCGCGAGGAGGCGCGCGGCGGCAGCCCCGGCAGCCCUCGCAGCCUGCGGACCCCGCACAGCCCGCGCAGCCCCAAGGAGGCCGACGAGGCCGCCGGCUCGCCCCCGCCCUCGCCGGCCUCGCACGCCUCCCACGACCUGGACACGGCCAGCCCCAACGGCAGCAGCAAGAAGUCGUCGUCGUCAUCGUCGUCGUCGUCCUCGGCGCUCGUCAAGCCGCCCUACUCGUACAUCGCGCUCAUCACCAUGUCCAUUCUGCAGUCGCCGCACAAGAAGCUGACGCUGAGCGGCAUCUGCGAGUUCAUCAUGUCGCGCUUCCCCUACUACCGAGACAAGUUCCCCGCCUGGCAGAACUCGAUCCGGCACAACCUGUCCCUCAACGACUGCUUCAUCAAGAUCCCCCGCGAGCCGGGCAACCCCGGCAAGGGCAACUACUGGACGCUGGACCCCAUGGCCGAGGACAUGUUCGACAACGGCAGCUUCCUGCGGCGGCGCAAGCGCUACAAGCGGCAGCCGCCCGACUUCCACCACCACCACCAUCACCACCAGCACGCGGCCGCCAUGGCCGCCUUCCUGGGCGACCCGUUCCACCCGCACCACCCGCACCACCACCUGGGGCGCACCCACGGCACCCCGCCGUACCCGUACCUGUCGCCGCUGCCGCCCGGGGCCGCGCUGCCCGCCGGCCUCCAGGGCGGCCUGCAGGGCGGCCUCCCUCCCGGCGUGCCGCUGCUGCCCCCCGCCGAGCUGGCCAGGCUGUCGCUGGGUCUCAACUUCCUGGGCGCGCCCAUGCCGCUGCCGCACAAGCCGGUGGCUGUGUCCGCCCCCGCGCCCCCGCAGCAGCAGAACCAGCAGCAGCAGAACCAGCAUCAGCAGCAACAGCAGCCGUCCGUCCCCGCGGCCCCGGCCGUCUCCAUGGCGGACACGCUGACGGCGCUGCCGAGGAGCAUCUCGUCGAGGGACAAGGGCCGGGGCUUCAGCAUCGAGUCCCUCAUCGGGUCGCAGCAGGACGCGGCGCCGCCGCUCAAGAGGCCCGCCCUGGAGCGGCCCGGGCUCCACCACCUCCCCGCCGUCACGCGCUCCCUGGACUCGGCCUUCUCGCCCAUGUCCGUGUCGGCGUGGGCGCGGUGAGAGUAGACGCCCUCUCGCACUCCUUGUGGGUGAUUCUGACUGUGAUGAGAUAUCGACGGAUUGUUGUCGUUGAUUCACCGGUUAACGAUACCCUCAUAUUUCCCCCUUUUAGUGGUUCCUGUCGGUAGGCCUUGUUUUAGUUUUGCUUGUGUGCCUGAAGCCGGAAACAUGGGUGAGUGGCUCUUAUAGUCGUGCAAUGAUGGACAAAACUGGAUUUGGUUGGAGUCAUUUGCUUUCCUUUUCAUUUAAAAUUUUGAUCUAGUCACCGCGACCGGUAUGGUGACCUUUGUCAUUCAUUUGUAACUGCGUAUUUUCUACCCAGAUCAGUACCCAGGCGGACUCACAUAUCCGGAGACUAAAAUUAGUUAUUUGCGCCUGAGGGGAGUGAUUGUAAUUAUUCUUAAUAUUCCUAAAUAUUCGUUAAUUCUCUGUGAUUUUACUAUAUCUUUUUCUGUUAUUAUUGUUGACAUCGCAAGAGCGCCUAGGAUUUGCGGUUCCUACGAUUUCUUAGUUUAUGUUACCUUUAAAUUAAUGUUGUUUUCUUCUCCCUGUAAGUUUUUUUUAUUUUGCGAACGCGCGAGCUUUGUUGUCUUUUCGCGUUUUAGUGCAUCGUAGUAAUAUAUCGAUAGCACAUUGUGUUAGAGAAGGAUUAUGGAUAAUGACCAUUUUCUGUAUAAUGUGAUCGUUCCUGCGGUGGUGUAACUCUCGCCGUGCUUGUGACCAAAGAUACUGUCAAAGAAUGUUGAUUACUAGUAAUUUAUUAUCCGAUGGAUCUUAUCUAUGUAAAGUAAGUCUUCAUUUUUUUAACUUUCCUGCUUAACUUCAAAUUCCAACUGUAAUGUAUUCUGAAUUGUCUCUUCUGCCUUUUCUCUAAAAUAUACUUCAAAAUUGAGGUUUGAGCACACCAUAUUGUUGCCACAAAUAAUGUAUUCAGCUCCCUUUCACUAUACUUUGGUUUUUUGUUUUGUUAUAUCGCUCCACAUCGGUUCUUCGUUCGCACAAACAUGCCAUGCUGUGAAGCAAAUCUUAUUGUGUACAAAUGUAAGAUCCAAUAUGUUAAUUCAAAUCGUGUAUAUUCUUGUAAAUAUCAAGUGUACAUGAACUAUAUAGAUAUAAAAAGGAUAUAGGAGAGACGAAAAUAUUAGCGUAAUAAAUGAAAAAACUGUUUCCAUUUCUAAA